CAUCGACGACGAAUUUUCAUCGAAACCUUUCUUUCGCUUGACCUGAAAAGUCAAUAGUUGACCCAAAAGAGUCACUCACCACCCCUGGUUUAAUAUUACACACAUGAAUCUCUUAUCUUCUCAGUUCUUUCUUCCAAUUGUGUUUUUUUUUUUUCAGUUCCAAUGAUCUGUCACGCUUUGUUAGUUUUCUUUAUCCUCGUUACCGUUGCCGUCGUAGGAGAAGUAGCCAAGGCGGCGUACGAACCCACCGUUGUCUUUCUCAUCAACUGCGGUUCUACCUCCAACAACAGUGAUACCACCAAUGGCCGAACAUGGACACCGGAGAUAGGCAAAAUACUGCCGUCGAAUUCAGACUCUGCGUCCUUCUCUUCAGAUGCGUUAUACCAAGACUCAGGGAUUACUCAAGUGCCGUACAUGAAAGCUCGUAUUUUCCGAUCAGAGUUCACCUACACUUUUCCAGUCAGUACUCCCGGCUGGAAACUCCUCCGGUUAUUCUUUUACCCGACCCGAUACGGAUCCGGAUUCGACGCCGCUCCUUCCUUCUUCGACGUCAACGUCAACGGUUUCACUCUCUUGCGAAACUUCAGCGUAGAUUCAACGGUAAAAGCUUCCAAACAAGUGUCAAAGUCUCUUAUCAAAGAGUUCAUCGUUCCGGUCCACCAGACUUAUCUGAAACUCACUUUCACACCGUCUCCGAAUUCGUUAGCUUUCGUUAACGGAAUCGAGAUCGUCACCAUGCCUGAUCAGUUUUACUCAAAGGGAGGAUUUGACGACAUGAUAACAAACCUCAUUAGCUCUACUGACUUCGUGAUAGACAACUAUACGGCUUUAGAGACUGUUCACCGGUUAAACGUUGGCGGACAAACUGUCAAUGACGUCGGACGUUCUGGAAUGUUCCGGCAGUGGCUUUCCGACGAUGAUUAUUCCGAUACUUCUGGAUUCAUUGCGAACAUACCAGGUGUAAAGAUCCGUUACACCGAGAAAACUCCAGAGUAUGUUGCCCCGGAAAGUGUGUAUGCCACGUCUCGCCAUAUGGGGAACCCACAGGACCCUUCAAUCAACAGAAAUUUCAACCUGACGUGGUACUUUACAGUGGACGCCGGGUUUAAAUACCUCGUGAGGCUACAUUUCUGUGAGACUAUUCCGCAAGUGAUCGUACUGAACCAGAUCGUUUUCUCCAUCUUCAUCGGACAUCAGAUUGCUAAGAAGGAGGUGGACGUGAUUCAGUUGAGCGGUGGUUCUCGUAUUCCGAUGUAUCUAGAUUUCAGUGUGUAUGUUGGUUCCGAAAACGGGUCGAGACCUGAUCUACUACUUGAUUUGCAUCCUUACAUGGACACUGGUGCAUCAUAUUAUGAGGCUCUUCUGAAUGGUGUAGAGAUUCUCAAGCUGAAUGACUCUCAAGGUAAUCUCGCAGGACCUAAUCCAAAUCCUCCAAUACCAAGGGACCCAACACCAAACAGUGUGAGGCCGCCGACUAGUAAAGGUAAUAAGUCAAAUGUUUUGCCGAUCAUACUUGCAGUGGUUGGUUCUGCAAUUGUGCUUGCGGUUUUUGUUGUUGUUGUCCUCGUGGUUAUGAAGAGGAGGAAGAAGAAUAGGAACGAGUUUAGUACUGUACACACCACGAGCAAGCCUUCUACGAACUCGUCAUGGGGUCCUAUUCCGCACGGGACAGGUUCCACAAAUACAAAAUCAGCAACAUCUCUCCCGUCAGAUCUAUGCCGUCGGUUCUCCAUCUACGAAAUCAAAUCCGCCACAAACAAUUUCGAGGAAAAGCUAAUCGUUGGAGUAGGCGGGUUUGGUUCUGUCUUCAAAGGACGAAUAGACGGUGGAGCCACGCUUGUUGCGGUUAAACGGCUGGAAAUUACAUCGAACCAAGGUGCUAAAGAGUUCGAAACAGAGCUCGAGAUGCUCUCAAAGCUCCGACAUGUACAUCUCGUCUCUCUAAUUGGAUACUGCGAUGAGGACAACGAGAUGGUACUUGUCUAUGAAUAUAUGCCACAUGGUACACUUAAAGAUCAUCUUUACAAGAGAGACAAGGCCUCUGAUCCUCCAUUGUCGUGGAAACGGAGGCUAGAGAUCUGCAUUGGAGCGGCUCAUGGACUACAGUAUCUCCAUACCGGCGCAAAGCACACGAUCAUACAUCGAGACAUCAAAACCACAAACAUACUUCUUGAUGAAGACUUCGUAGCCAAAGUAGCUGACUUUGGUUUAUCAAGAGUCGGUCCUACUAGUGCUUCUCAAACUCACGUCUCUACCGUCGUUAAAGGAACGUUUGGUUAUUUGGACCCUGAGUACUAUCGCCGUCAAAUCUUAACAGAUAAAUCUGACGUGUACUCCUUUGGAGUUGUUCUGUUCGAGGUUUUAUGCUGUAGACCGAUUCAAAUGCAGAGUCUUCCACGGGAACAAAUGGAUUUGAUCCGAUGGGUGAAGUCAAAUUACAAAAGAGGUACCGUUGAUCAGAUCAUUGACCAAGACCUAGCUAAUGAUAUUACUUCGGUAUCAUUGGAGAAGUUUUGUGAGAUAGGCGUUAGAUGUGUUCAAGAUCGUGGUAUUGAACGGCCAUCGAUGAACGACGUCGUUUGGGCGCUUGAGUUUGCUCUUCAGCUUCAUGAGACUGAUAAGAAGAAGAAUGGCAAUGUGGAGUCUCUGGAUGUAAUGCCACACGGCGAGGUAGGUACGACGACUGAGGGAGAAGAUGACAUGUUUAGUAGGACCUCAGGACACGUGGCGAAUUCGUCCACUACCGAUGACUCUGCUCCUCUGAUUGGUGAUGAGAGGAGUGGUUCGAGUUGGGGAGUAUUUUCCGAGAUCAAAGACCCUAAAGCACGGUAAAUUUGAUGGCUUGAUAAACAAGUAUUACAUUCUAUUUAGGGUUAUAUACUUAUACAUUAUUUGUCUAUGUAUAAUUGUUGAAUAAAAACAUAAUGUAUUGUAUUUAUUAUAUUAUUAUGAAUUAUAUUUAGCA